AUGAAUACUUAUGCAUUUGUUGCCGCUUUUUUAUCUAAUAUUAUGGAAAUACCAAUCAUUACUUAUGAUGAAUAUUUAUCACAAAAAAGUAGUAAUCCUGACCAAUUGUAUAAAUCCUUUGAUUACAAUUCACUUCAGGAAGCGUGUAUGGUCAAAGGUUUUGAAACUUCUGAUGGGGUUGUGGAACUUGUCUUUGGAAAUUCUGCGGAAAAUAUCGAAAAUAUUUUCAUAAAAAAAUUUUCUGGGGGCUCUUUAAUAAUUAAAAAUCUAAACGAGAAUAUCACGGUAAAUUUUUUGAAAAAUAAAAUUUAUGAAAUUGAAGGAAUUCCACCGAAUGAGCAAUGUUUACUUUAUAACCUUAAGACACUUGAAGGACAUCGAACAUUGAGCUAUUAUAAAAUCAAAAAUGAUACUACAAUUUAUUUAAAUACAUAUUUACGUGGAGGUUCGAAUGCAAUACAUGUUCUCGAUCCCGAAUUCUUGGAUCCACGUUACAAUUACGACUUUACUGGUAAGAUUUGUUCUAGGGAGACUUAUAUGCGUGGAAAUUUCAAGUAUAAUCGACCAAAUGGAUGGGGACGAAUCGCAUUAAAAGUUCUUGAUCAAUUUUCUGAUAAUGAUUGGCUUGGUGUACAAAAUAGAAGGACUCCCUUUGAAUCUGUGGAAGGUGAAUGGAUUGUUAGCUACCAUGGUACUGCCAAAUUUAAUGCGAACUCAAUCGCAAAGGAUGGAUUUUUAUUGAGCAAAGGAAAAAGAUUCGUUUUUGGUCAUGGAAUUUAUUCUACUCCGAAUAUUGAAAUAGCCGCUAAAUAUUAUGCUAAAGAUUUUGUUUACGAUAGAGAAAAAUAUAAAGUCGUGUUUCAAAAUCGUGUUAAACCCGAUGCCUAUAAGACAGUAUCAACAGAUUUAUAUGGAGAUUAUUUUGUUAUUGGUAAUGAUAGGGAUAUUAGACCUUAUGGUCUUUGCUUUCAAAAAGUGAAAAUGUUAACUGUCAAUAAUUUUUAUAAUAUUUUACGUAAAUAA